AUGGAUCGACAAGAAUUUUUUCAAUCAUAUAUGGAUCAUUGGGGUAUAACCGAUGUAUUAUUAGAUUGUUAUGUUGAUUUAUUAACAAUGGAAAUGAUGGAUGAAAAUACUGAUCAUAAUAAUAAAAUGACACCAAUGGCUUUUUUUAAACAAUUACUUUCUGAACAUCAUAUUAAAUGUAAAGAACAACAAGUAUUUGAAGAUGAAAUUCGUCAAUUAAAAGAAGAACUUAAACGAAUAAGAAAUACAUAA